CUCAGAGGACUUCUCUCUGUCAGUUUGUAAAAGUAAGAAAAUGGCUGAGGCCAGUAUUUCAAUAGAUCAGGAUCAGUUCAUCUGUCCAGUGUGUCUGGAUCUCCUGAAGGAUCCGGUGACUCUCCCCUGUGGUCACAGUUUCUGUAAGGUGUGUAUUAAUGGUCACUGGGAUCAGGAGGAUCAGAAGGGCGUCUACAGCUGUCCUCAGUGCAGAGAUACUUUCACUUCAAGGCCUAUUCUACGCAGAAACAACAUGCUGGCUGAAGUGGUGGAGAAACUGAAGAAGAAGACUGUCCAAGUUCAAGUUGUUUCUCCUGCUCACUUUUACACUGGUCCUGCAGAUGUGGAGUGUGAUUUCUGCACCGAGAGAAAACAAAAAGCCCUCAAGUCCUGUCUGAUGUGUCUGGUUUCUCUUUGUGAAACUCAUCUGAAACCUCAUACUGAACUUCCUGCUUUGAAAAAACACACAUUAAUUGAAGCUGCAGCAAAACUCCAAGAGAAGAUCUGCUCCAAACAUAAUGAAGUGCUGAAAAUCUACUGCCGUACUGAUCAAACCUGUAUUUGCUCCAUGUGCAUGUUGGAUAAACACAAAGGUCAUGAUGCUGUAUCAGUUGCAGAAGGACGAGCUGAGAAACAGAGUGAAUUAAAGGAGAAGCAGAUGAAUUCCCAGCAGAGAAUCCAGGAGAAGCAAAAGAAGGUGCAGGAGCUGAAACAGGCUGUGAACACUGUAAAGCUGAGUGCACAGACAGCAGUGGAGGACAAUGAGAUAAUCUUUACUGAGCUGAUCAGCUCCAUGGAGAAAACGCGCUCGGAGGUGACGGAGCUGAUCAGAGCUCAGGAGAAGGCUGAACUGAGUCGAGCUGAACGACUCCUGGAGCAACUGGAGCAGGAGAUUGCUGAUCUUCAGAGGAGACUCACUGAGCUGGAGCAGCUUUCACACACACACGAUCACAUCCAGUUCCUCCAGGAUUUAAUUUCUGGACGUCAAUAUUCUCCAGAAAUCAGUCUAACGUUCCAGACAUCCAGCGUCAGAGUCCAUCAACAUCUCUCAUUUGAUGGAGUGAGGAAUUCUCUCUCAGGUCUGAAGAAGAGACUCGAGGAAUUCUGUGAGGAGGAAUUCAACAAAAUCCCUCCACAUGCUGCAGCAGUUCAGAUCUUUUCACCACCAGAGCCACAGAGCAGAGAAGAGUUCCUGAAAUAUUUCUAUUAUCUGACCCUGGAUCCCAACACGGCACAUCGUAACCUCAUUCUGUAUGAGAAGAACAGAGCGGUGAGAUACAGUGAGAGAGAGCAGCUGUACUCUGAUCUUACAGAGAGAUUUGACUCCUACAGGCAGGUGCUGUCUAAGGAGAGUGUGCGUGGGCGCUGUUACUGGGAGGUGGAGUGGAGCGGUGAGGGUGUGUCCAUAUCAGUCUCAUGUAAAGACAUGAGCAGAAAAGGACGUGGUAAUGAGUGUGGGUUUGGAUGCAACAAUCAGUCCUGGAAUCUGUGGUGUUCUUCUUCUUCUCUCUCUUUCUAUCACAACAACAUUAAGACUAAUCUCAGAGCUCCAUCAUCCUCCAGAAUAGGAGUGUAUGUGGAUCACAGUGCAGGAGCUCUGUCCUUCUACAGCAUCUCUGACACGAUGAAGCUCCUCCACAGAGUCCAGACCACAUUCACUCAGCCUCUGUAUGCUGGGUUUGGGCCAUACUGGUGGUCUGACUCUAUUGUGAGAUUGUGUGAUUCAGCAUAAAGUGUGUAGUGUUUUGUGUUAAAUUCCUGAAACGUUGUUGCUCAGUCAUCUGUCUCACUAACACACAAUGUAAAUAUUUAGAGGUGAUACAAUUUUGAAUCAUUUGACAGAAAGGAUAUUGCACAGGGCUGUGUUACUGUAAAUAUUGAUACAUAGGUGGUGUGUGUGUGUGUGUAGUCUCUUGCUCUCAGUGUUGCUAGUUAAAGCGUUAAAUACACCAUAAGUGCACCAUGGAGUCAGACUUUCACCUGAUAUACUGAAUUUACAGAGUGCAGGGGACAUGUCCUGAGUUGUGUUUAUAGAGAUGAUAAUAAUGUAUUACAGUAACACAUGUAACCGGGGACAUGUCGCUGCACUUUCACACAAAAAUCAUUCUGUCCUUCAUACUGCUUUGUACAUUACAUGUGUGCAUUGCUUUUUUUUUUACUUUUUAAUUACUUCCUUAAUAGAUACAAAUGAAUAA